AUGGUGAAGGGCGUGACCUUGAAAUCAGGCGAAACAUCAGGAGAACGAGCAGAACAAGGUUUCAUAGCGCUGAAUUCGUGCUUUGUCUACAAGAAAGGCUAUCGACUCGAAUUGAAUGCGAACGAUAUCGAAAGCACGGAAUCGGUACAGUUCAAGGAUGAGUGCUUACGAUCUUGUUUAAUGGCUAUGCUUGAACCAAAUGGCUUCACAUGCAGAUCUUUGAUGCAUAUGCCCAAAGAUGAUGAUUGUGUAUUAACCGCAGUCGAUGGUGAUAAGGCGAUACGAACCGAUGAACAACACUCACGAAUACCCGUCAACUUCUACGAGAAUAAAUGCGCUACUCCUCCUAUUAAAGGUGGUAUGAUUGAAGUGCGAUUAGUUGGAUAUAAAGGUGGUGAAGGAAUUGUGCAAAUGGUGCAAGCGAAGGGCGAUAAACCAUUCAUAUUUGUUGUUGUUGACGGAUUACCUGACUCAAAGUCGUUCGAUGUUUUAUACCACGAGAAUGAGGUACAAGAUUGCUUCCGAAUGACACGUGAGGAGAGGAACAAUGCUAAAAAACUGACAAAAAUUAGUGCUGAUAAGAGUGGUAUGGCUGUACAGCCGUGGAACACGAUCGAUUUUGAUAUUCUUCGAGAUUCGGCUCUCAAUAAGACGAUCGCAGUGGUUGAUAGCAGGACUGGUGAACCGGCAGUGUGCGGUAGAAUAAAAAUUAAGGGCGAUAAAGCUGAUUGGCAGUCGGCAAAGAACGCUUCUCAAUCAUCUUAUAACUUUUUAUCAAUUUACUUAUCAUUUUUCAUUUAUUUGAUUCUAUCAAUUUGA